GAGCAGGUCAGAAGCAAAACAGAUUUCGGCGAGUAAAGAUUAAAAGAGAGACACAACCAAAUAAAAACAUUAAGCCAUAUAUUUGUACAUGUACCUAAAUAUUUACAACAUACUUGAGUAAACAAUGAACAACAAAAAAUAAUAAAAUGGCAAAAUUACCAAAAAACUGUUAAAAAAUCAAUUAAAAACGUUGAUAACACAAAAAUAAAAAGUAAAAAGUGAUGAAAUAAUGAAAAAAAUAAGUGGCCUAGGUCAAUAAACGUGUAAAAAAUUCAGCUUACACAUAAAUACCUCAACAAAAAAAAAUUAAAAAAAUGAAGUUAAAUAUUUGAAUGACAUCAAAAAAAAAAUAUUGAGUACAUAAAAAAGUGACAAGGUUUUAUCUAAACAGCGAUCAAUUAACAACAACAGCAAAAAAGAAAAACGCAAAAUGGUUUACUACACGCAAUUGCCGUUAAUUACGCACAACGCAGUGUUGCAUGGCGGCAGUCCAAAUAGUCGUUGCGGACCAUCGUCGAGCCCCCCAUCGAACAGUAGCUCGCCACGCCUCGAGCUCUCGUCAAUCAUGAACCUAAGCAAUAAUCAAAUUACACUGCAAACGCUCGAUUCGCCAUCCGCCGCCAUGCAACUUCAUGCCCAAAACUACAGCAAUGACCAAAUGAAUCACAAAUUAGUGGAUCUGACAUACGCCAAUUUGCAUCAGCAACAACAACAACAGCAAUCACAGCAACAGCAACAACCUCCAAUGAUGGCAAUGAAAAAUGCCGCAAAAUUCAAGUGCGAUCAGUGCAACAUGUCGUUCGGAAGCAAAAGUGCCCAUACUAGUCAUAUGAAAAGUCAUGCGAAGGCAUCGAUGAACGGAGGAGGCAUUGACAUGACAAAAACAGUGAAUCCCGCAAAUGGCGCCGACCAAUAUCAGUGCGAUCAGUGCCAGAAAACGUUUGCUGUGCCCGCAAGACUGAUUCGUCAUUAUCGAACUCACACAGGCGAACGCCCCUUCGAAUGUGAAUUUUGCCACAAAAUGUUCAGUGUGAAGGAAAAUCUCCAAGUUCAUCGUCGCAUUCACACGAAAGAACGCCCCUACAAAUGCAGCGUCGAGAGCUGCGGUCGAGCCUUUGAGCAUAGCGGCAAACUCCAUCGUCAUAUGCGCAUCCAUACCGGCGAACGCCCUCACAAAUGCAACAUUUGCGGCAAAACUUUCAUCCAAUCCGGACAACUUGUCAUCCACAAUCGUACUCAUACCGGCGAAAAGCCUUACAAAUGUCCCGCCGAGGGCUGCGGCAAAGGUUUCACGUGCUCGAAGCAGCUCAAAGUGCAUUCACGAACUCACACGGGCGAAAAACCGUAUCGUUGUGACAUUUGCGAUCGCGAUUUCGGCUACAAUCACGUCUUGAAAUUGCAUCGCGUGCAACAUUACGGCUCCAAAUGCUACAAAUGCACGAUUUGCGACGAAACAUUUAAGAAUAAGAAGGAAAUGGAAGCGCAUAUUAAGGGACAUGCGAACGAUAUGCCCGAUGCGGAUGACGACGAGGGUGCCAUGAUGCUUGAGACUGAAAAACCAUUGAAGAAACAAGUUUCUUCGCCUCCGCCAACGCGUCAAUUGCCAUCUCCGCCGCGUCACGAACCUAAAUUACUUGCCAAAGAAGAGAUGAUCCAUCAUCCCGUACCCUCUGCUGUCGAAUCCGAGCAAUUUUACCAUCAUCGGUACAUGCAACAACGUUUGGCUGACGUCGAAUCCUCGUCUCAGCAACAAUUUUCCGCAAUGCAUCCCAUCUCAAUGAUGCUUGCUGCUGCCAAGGAACGCGAAAACGAGUUCCGCCCGCCCAGUAAUGCGCCAUCUCUCUCGCCUCCGGUCAGUUUAAGCCCAAAUAGCAACCAGAUGACGGCUUGCAGUGACUUGACAACGACCUAUGAGGCACUUUCUAAACUCAGGAAUUCAAAUUAUUACGCGCCCGCAGCUGUGCCUGAAUACAAACCGCUGCUCGGAUCGUCGGAUGAAGUUGUGAAGCGACUUGAGGCGGCUUUGGCGACCACUGAACCCGAAACUCCGCCGCGUUCGUCGUCGGAAGAGUCGCCGGAACGCUCAUCGUCGCCCGAAAUGGCAGAUCGCGACAACAACACACUACCUCCGCGCAAACGACGACUCUACUUCAACACGGACAACGACUCAGAUGGCGCCAAUUUGCGCAUGAGCUCCGUCAUACAGUUUGCCAAAGCAACUUAGAGCAAAUAUUUUGGACGAAAAAGUAUUCGAAACACACAAAAGUAAUCCCUCAACAACAAAUUUUACAAAAAGACUUGAAUAUUAGCACGAUAGUGAAUCAGUAUAAUAUUAAAUUAACCCAAUAUUUUAGCGAUCUAGCAUAGUGAACGUACUUUAAUCUCCGUUUUAGUUCAUUAAUGAUUUUUUAUUUUAGUUGUAAAUCGAGAGUUAAAGUUGUGUAAACUUAAACCGAAUCAAGACUGUCUCAGGAAUAAUUAAGAGUAAACUAACAUAGAUGUAGUAGAUGUUAUUUCGGUCAAUUUCUUCCCGCGCCAUCGAUCGGAAGACACGUGUAAAGUACAGAACAAAGGGCCCGAAAUGCUACUUACUUAAAAAAAAAAUAAUCAGAGGAAGAUAUUUUUUAAUACAAUUUUUGGAUAAAUCUUAGAUAGUAAACAAUGUACAAGAAGACUGCGUCAAAAACGAUUUUUUACCGUCAAUCAGUAAAAAUAAUAAUUAAAAUAAUUAAUAAUCAUCGCAUCACGUCAUCGUUGCUCGCAUUCGCAAAAAUUCAUCGCCAAAAUUUAUGUCGCUUUGCUGUAAAAAAAAAAUAAAUUUUUUUAAUUUUUUUCUAAAACGCAAAAAAAAAUCACGCUUCUUUAAAAAAAAAAAAUAAUUGAAAAAAAAAAUUUAAAAAAAAAUGAAGAAUUUCCUUAGUUGCUGUCGAACAGCGUAAUUUAUGAUUUUUUUGUUAAUUUAAUUUUCUCUCAUCUUGUUGUUGUUCAAAUAUUAUUGUAAAAGAUGAGUUUUGUUGUUUUUUUCUCUGUCUUUAACUUCUAUACUAUUUACCUCUACACACCUACCUAAGUACUGAUAAUCAUAUUUAGUCACAC